CGUUCUGCAACUCCAAACAUUUCCUAAGUUUCUCUUCCUUCAAGCAGAAUCAUUUUCUGCGAGAUAAAAGAAAUGGUAUAUUUCGCCAAAUUAAAAAACUUGCUAAUGCUGACAUUUGACUGGAUUCUGCACGGUGCUGGUUCUGCAGAUACCUGCCAUGUCACCGUAAGACAACCCACAUUUCAGGGAGUUGACUACUCCGUGCACACUGUGUUCCUAACAUGUGCUUUCUCUGCCUCUGGAUGCUCCCCAUCCUCACUUCAAAUUCUAUGGUUUCGCUUUUUAACGAGUAAACAUGAGGAUUUGUGUACUCCUGGAUGCACAGAUCAGCAGAAGUACAAAGUACAUUUUUUACCAGAAAACAACAUUUCACUUCAAAUCAAUGACCUGACUGUAGACGAUAAUGCUGUUUAUAUCUGUGGAAUAGCAUUUUCAGAUUCAAGUUCACCCCAUUCUAAACAAACAGGAGAUGGAACAGUACUAAUGAAAACAGGUGCAGAGAAGCAGCACAGCAAUGGAAAAGUCGUCUCCAUCUUCAUGAUCAUCACCUCAGCUUUACUGUUUCUAUACAGCACUACUGUAUUCACGUUCCUUGUAAUCUACAAGUUAAAACCAAAGCUGCUAAAGGAAAGCGGGAAAGAAGGCCAAAGAACAGAGAACUGCAAAAUCAGUAGUGGACGAAAAAUUUUUCAAGCAAUUGCCCAAGAACUUCAAAAGCAGAAGUACGCUGCACAACCGGAUAAUUUGGAAGAUGACACUAUUUAUCAGAACAGAUGAGCCUCUGCAGCAGUUCAGAUUUGUUCAAUAUUUCUCAUGCAAGCAAACAGGCAGAUGAAGAAGUUAAGCUUCUUCACAGACUUCCUUUGCUUUAAAAAGAGAAGAAAACCUGGCAGGACAGUGUUCUUCAAGAGUAUUUUCUAAACAGAUCAACAAAACCAAGUGUAUUGUACAUUACUUCUCUGUUACAUGUUACUCCUAUUUUUCAUUCUGCAAGAAUAAGAAUGGUGGGAAAAGACUUAAUAUUUCAUAAGAUAACUGCUAAUUCUUCAUAAAAUUUUCAUUUUUCUGUUUAGGUUUAAUUCUGUGUCUUCUUUUUACAUAAGUGUACAUGUAUUCCUUUUACAUGAAUUGAGCAUUUGUGAAAGAUGUAUGAUAAUUGACAGCAACAGAAAAUAAAUUCAUUUCAUAGAUGAAA